AUGACUGUAAAUAGGACGACCGGUGUGUCCGCAACACAGACCACAGAGGACAAAUACGCUGUUGACACUUAUGGUCAUGUUUUCAAAGUCCCCAACUUUACCAUUAAGGAUAUUUUAAAAGUAAUCCCUGCCGAAUGUUACGAAAGGUCACUUUUACGUGGUCUUGGCUAUAUCGCUAGAGAUAUCGCAUGUCUCGCCUCGAUCGGAUACGCUGCACACAAAGUGCUUUACCCCAUGCUGUUUGAUUCAGCAUCAGACCAAUGGUACAUGCAAUUGGCCAAAUUUUCAUUUUGGCUAACUUACACUUAUAUCCAAGGUUUGUUCUGUACCGGAUUGUGGGUUCUAGCCCAUGAAUGUGGUCACCAAGCAUUCUCAGAUUACGGUACUGUUAACGAUUUUGUCGGCUGGUGUCUACACUCAUAUCUGUUGGUUCCAUACUUCUCAUGGAAAUAUUCUCACUCUAAGCACCAUAAGGCUACUAAUCAUAUGACAAGAGACAUGGUGUUUGUGCCACCCGACGCUGCUAAAUUCAAGGAGCAGCGUGGUAUAAUUGGGGAACUUGCUCACCAUUCCGAAGAUUCGCCAUUGAGAACGCUUUAUGAAUUGAUUUUACAGCAAGCAGGUGGCUGGUGGACCUACCUAUUGGUGAACGUUACCGGUCAAGAGUAUCCAGGUGUAGCCAAGUGGAAGUGGAACCACUUUUACCCAUUUACGCCGCUUUUUGAGCGCAGAGACGCACUCUACGUGUUCUUAAGUGACGUAGGAAUCUUCACAAUGGGUCUGAUCUUAAAAAUUUGGUAUGACAAGUUCGGCGGUUGGUCGCUAUUUAUCAACUGGUUUGUACCAUACCUAUGGUGCAACCAUUGGCUUGUAUUCAUUACCUAUUUGCAGCACACUGACCCAACUCUGCCACAUUACGAUUCUGAAGAAUGGACCUUCGCAAAGGGUGCGGCAGCAACAGUCGACCGUCAAUUUGGGUUUGUCGGUAAGCACAUUUUCCACGAUAUCAUCGAAACCCAUGUUUCACACCAUUUCUGUUCAAGAAUUCCAUUUUAUAGAGCAAGAGAAGCAACUGAACACAUCAGAAGCGUCAUGGGAGACUCUUACAGAUCAAGCGAUGAAAACAUGUGGGUUUCACUUUGGAAGUCUGCUCGUGCCUGUCAAUGGGUCGAAGGUUCUAACGGUGUCUUGAUGUUUAGAAACGUCAACGAGGUCGGAGUUGGUGCAGACGACAAGAAAAAGCUAUAA